AUGGCGAAUGAUUGGCUUAAAGAAAAUCCAAUAGCUUCCAACUUUGAUAUUCAAGUUUCAUUUCUUGAUAUAGAUAACGAUAAUCCCCCUUUCUUUACAAUGAUACACUGCUCAGAAAACACACCGAAGAAAACUGUAAUUGAUGGCUGUUUGGAAUACCAUGGAGAGUUAUUACUCCAAUGGUUUGUAAAAUUGUUGAUUCCUAUCCAAUUUUUAUUGAAAGAUGUUUCUGCCAAGGUUAAAUCUAGAAUUAGCAUCGAAUAUUCUGACAAUUUGGAGGAAUUUGGAAGAACUAUAUCCAAGGUUGAUUUUUGUUUUAUGGAGUAUCCUGAAUUUAAUGUAUCAGUUCAAAUGUUCAAUUCUUUAGAUUUAACUGGAUCCAUUCCAUCUCUUCAAAAUCAAUUGAAGCUAGGGUUUGAAAAAGCUCUUUUGAACUUUGUCUAUCCAAAAUUUAUUACCGUCUAUCAAUUUGGUGAAGGAAACUCUCCAGGAUUAAAUUUGGAAAUUGAUAAGAUUGUUGUGGAAGGAUUGGAGGAUGAGAUAAAGAGUAAUUUAUUUAACAUUAAUCAAUUACUCAAAGCAAUUAACAAAUCAUCAGGAGAAAGUAAGGAAAGUAUCAAAACUGAAGUUUGUAACAAUAUUCUAACUCUCCUUUUCCAAGCAAGAGAACCAGGUAAAAUUCCAAUAGGAAUGACAGAAACCAUUAGAAAUGGAUUUCAAAUUCUCAACAUGUUGGCUUUUGAAGAAACUGAAAAUGGUGAAGCCAAUGAAAAGAUUAUGGAAUUAUUGUUAAAGACUGAAAACUUGAUAUUCAUUGCUGAUGUUGUUAGGAAAUGUACUCUUGCCGAUGAACUCGUAAUGAACAUAUUAUUCAAAGUUAAGAAUACUUCACUUAAAAACCAAAUCAAUAAGAGGUUCCAAGAAUUGGAAUUGGCAGAUAUUCUUUUCCUAGUAGUUGGCAGAAAUGAUAGACCAAAAUCCAACAAUUAA